AUGCCUUCCACUACCGAAUCCCAGAAAUCGCAAACAUCUUCGCCCGAUAAUAAAAUAAGUCAAGAAUCGGAUAACAAGGAUCCCGGAUCUGAUUCCAACACUAAGCAGAAGAGAAUCAGAAGCAUGACAAAGGAAGACAUCAAUAAAUUAUUCCAGGAAGCUUACGAACGGAAUAGCAAGAUGAGUCCUGAGGAAGAGGCAAAAGCAUACCCAUGGCUUAAACAAUGCAGGGAGGCUGUUCCGGUUACUGCCAACGAAGUGCCAGAUCUCUGGGACGAAAUAUGA